AUGACGGACAAAAGCUUUGCACCUUUUCACCUGAGUCAAAAGAGAUUACCUUGUAAACCGUGUUACCAUGACUGUUCCAGUAAAGCCAUUCGAGAGCUGAUCAAGAGGAAUCCGUCGUCGUCUUCUGGUGGAAUCGACCUUCGAAUCUCUUCACCAAACAAUUUCACUCGAAAUGGAAAAUACGUGGAUGAUUUUGAAAGUGGAGUCGAGUCUGAUGAGAGUGGGAAUACUCAGAAUGUGGCCGACAUCUCAAGCCAAUCUAGACAGAACGAUCUCAAGAGUAAAGAAGAGGAUACAGAAAAGUUUCAAGAUGAUGCAAGACAAAGUCCAGUUUUUGAAGAAGGUAACUUUAAAUGGAUAAAGAAAUAA